ACUCUUUUUUGAGCUCUCUCUAAGAGAUUGGGUUGAAUCUCGCUCUACCUAGAGUCAAAGUCUUACCUUCCCAAAUAAAUAUCAUUAUCUCAAUUCUACCACUACAGCUACGGUAGCCGAGUCCACAGCAACUUAAAACGAUAAGGGAUCAAAUUAAAAUGAACUCUGAGGAGCACUGCAACGCCAACGCCAACUUGAGCAUUGGAGAGGAGGAGAAACAAGAAGUGAGUCUUAGCUCCACUGAGAAGAGCAAUGCUGUUGGUGCUGUUGGUGCAGCAGGUACAGGUACAACAGACAUGAAGCAGCAGCCAAGUCUUGGCAUUCCUGGAGCAUUUCCCUCCAACGGCCAACCCAAGACGCUUGGAAAGAUCUUUGAAACCGUUUCUAAUACUACUACCCCCAGUAGUACUACUAGUAAGUCCAAUUCAAAGGUGACACUCGGGAAGGUCUUUGAAUUGCAAGUGGCAACUCUGGCACCAACUGCCAGUACUAGUACUACAUGUAGUAUGCACAAGUCAGGUCUGAAAGAAGGGUGCAAGAAGAACGAUAAUCUUAAGAGGAAGGAACGAGGACUCGUGAUUGCUGGGGCUUUGCAGACAGCCAGGCAAGAUGAAGACAAAGACAAAGACGAAGAUGAUGCCCUACCGGUUUCUACUACUAGUAUGCAUAGCGCCUCUGCCUUUUCACUCCCCGAGCCCCAAUCGUUGCCUUCUCCACCUACUGUACAACAGCAGCAGUCGCAACCCGGGGCAUUCCCGCAGGCACCCUUUGGAGUCACCGUGGAUCCCCUGUCGUAUCUCAAUGAGCCUCAGACGGAAUACUACUACAAUGACAAUGGCAACGACAUGGACUGCACCAAUGACAAUGGCAAUGCUGUUACUAGUAGUAGUUUACACAUGAAUGAGGAGCAACGAAUGGAAGAGGGAUUGGUGGAAGCCAAACCGGUGCCGGAUGAUGAUGAGAACACUGCUCGUCCCACAGCAGAACCUUAUCACAACCACACGAAGAGGCCCAGUCAAGAAACCUUGCAACAAGACUUGCACGCCAAAGAACGAAUGGCUGUCAUUGUGGUGGCAGUGGUUGGCUUGAUUCUGGUACUUGUCUUGGUUACCACUCUGGUAGUGGUGGCUUCCACAAAAGAUGACUUGAACAGCAACAGCAAUAGUCCUGCGAUCUUGAAUGGCUCAGAGGUCCCAACGACAGCAGCACCAACAAGUUGGCAAUGGGAUCUACCGUUUCCAAUCCCUGACUUUGUGCAAGAAGAGAUCCGCUCCGAUUACAACAUGUACAUGUACGACAGUGACAAUGACAACAACAACAACACAAUAAGCAGCAGCACCGUCACGAAUGCAAACAAGUCUCCUCAGACAAGAGCAUACGAAUGGAUGAAACAAGACCCCGCCAUGCUCAUGGAAACGUCCACAACGAGCAGAUGGGUGCAACGAUUCGUGCUGGCUACUUUGUACUAUUCCACCAGAGGGGAAGAGUGGACCCAUCAAGGAGGAGGGACCGUGACAGUGACGUUGGGGCAAGGUCCUCUCUCGGGGGAUGCACCACAGCAACAGCAACAGCCCACUGGACAAGGGCAAGGGGGACGCCCACCGGCCACAAAUCAAAUCCGAUACUUCAACGUAACGUCCGACCCGUGGUUGUCAUAUGGUAUUAAUACCACCGAAUGCAACUGGUUCUCGCCAGCGUUUACCGAACGAGAGACUGCGUGCUUUUCCAACAACCACAACAAUAACAAUGAUACUAUUAAUGGCGGCUCGAACAGCAUGUAUCAGGUACUCGAUGCCUCACGAAACAAUCUGCAAGGCAGCAUGCCCCAAGAGAUUGGACUAUUGUCAUCACUCGAGUCUCUAAACCUUGGCUGGAAUCCACAACUGGUAGGACCCAUUGUAACACAAAUUGGACAACUCACCAGCCUUCGAGAAAUCGUGAUCAAUUCGUGCAGCCUCACCGGAUCCGUACCCAAAGAAAUUGGAUUGCUGAACCAGACAUUGGAGAUAUGCUCGUUGUUGGACAAUGAUUUCCGCGGGACGUUGCCUCGGGAGUUUUGGGCAUUGACCAACCUCAAAGAAAUCAAGCUGGGACAAACCCAACUCUCUGGAUCCAUACCGGAGGAUAAAAUUGGCCUCUUUUCCAACCUUCAAAUAUUCAUGGUCGGCAGGACUCUUAUUAGCGGGCAGCUGCCGAGCUCGAUUGGUCGUCUAUCCAACAAUCUUCAGGUUUUGGAUGUGCAAAAGACACGAGGAACAAGUUUGUCGUCGUCGUCGUCGUCUCUCACUGGAACGCUCCCGACCCAACUCGGGAGAUUGGGCAACGUCACACGAUUUCUAGCCGCCGGCAACUGGGGCGUGCAAGGAGUUUUGCCAUCCGAGAUUGGCACCAUGUCCAGGUUGCGGAGCUUGAAUUUGGAAGACAUGCCGGGGCUGUCGGGACCGAUCCCACCCGAGCUUGGAAAUCUGAAUCUGAAUCACUUGAAGAUCAAGGGGACCAGUCUCACGGGAACGAUUCCGCCGUCGCUUUGUGGAGUAAGGGAGUUGACGGUCGACUGCUCGGACAAACUUUGUGGGUGUCAUUGUCCCUGUGCAACGAACUAGUAUACAUGCUAGCUCGUAGACUAUGCUGCACUUGCUAUAGCUAGCCAGUCGUUCGAUACUAUAGCUAGCUCUCGUCUACAAAAGGGACCUUAACAUAAUGACUAUUGUUAGCUGGUA